AUGAUCCAUUGGUAUCGCCAAGCAAAGGAAUUAACUAGAGAUGGAGCGACUGGUUCAGGCACUUUUGCCCAUUUUAGAAAGGCGAAACCACCCACUUUUGAUGGGAAAGCCGAUCCUCUCGCGGCCGAGCGUUGGAUUAAAAAGAUUGAUGGGAUCUUUGAAGCUGAAGAGGUUCCCGAGGAUCGAAAAGUUAAAUUUGCCACCCAAUACCUGGAAGGUGAAGCAGAGUUUUGGUGGGAUGGAAUGAAGCCAAGUCUUGGAGGUAGGGAUGUUAUUAUAUCCGGGAGGACUUUAAAAGGUGUUCAAUGCUCAAUUCUUCCCAAAGUCAUUCCGGCAAAGAUGAAGGGUGACUUUGUACAUGUAUCUCAGGGUGACUCCACAGUUUUGGAAUAUUCAGUCCACUUUAAUCAGUUGAGUAGAUUUGCCGAACACUUGGUAGCAAAUGAAGAAGAUAAGGCCGAUCAUUUCCUAAGAGGGCUCCGACCUGAGAUUAAUUCCGCACUUGCACCUUUUGUAUUAACAACUUAUAAGGAUGUACUAGAACGAGCAAUCAAGGUGGAACAAAGCAUUCUGAAGCAUCGCACACAAGGAGCGCCUCAACCCAAAAAGGUUUAA